AUGUCUGGAGGCUACGACUUCUCCCAGAUAUAUCACGCUUCUAUCGUCUCCUAUUCCCCAGGGACCACUUUUCUCGCGACAGUAUUCCAGAAUCGUGUCAUCAUCAGAUCCACCUCAACAUUGCAAAUUGUGCGGACUUGGGCAUGUGCCAAAUCUCAAGGCUUAGCAUCAAGCAGCAGAGAUAUAGAUGAUCAAGUAAAGAUUGAUUCGGUAGAGUGGUCAGAAGAUGGACUACAUAUCCUUGUAUUUUCAGCAGUCUCACACUCCGCCUGGGUGUUCGGUCUAGCUUCUGACGGUGACGGGGAAUCUGGAGAAGUCGCUCGAAUCGGUGGACAAGGUGUAGACGGUCUGGUGAUGGUAGAAUGGGGUAGAACAGGAAAGCAAGUACUUGCUUGGUCAGAGCACGGCCUGAAACUCGCGAUAUACGAUCUGUCAACGGGCGUAACGAGAAUUAUACAGAACCCUAAAUCACAUCACCAUUGUCAUUCGUAUUCGCCUGACAAUCGAUUCUUGGCUAUCGUAGAAAAACAUCUGGGUAAAGAGUACGUGGGGGUAUACGAUGUUUUAGACGGCUACCUCUUGAUACGACACAUACUACUAUCGACUAUCGAUGUUCAGGGCUUGAGUUGGAGUCCUUGUGGGAGAUAUUUCGCGAUCUGGGAUAGCCCCUUAUCGUACUCUAUACACAUUCACUCACCACUCGGACCUCUACUCACUCAUCUAUCAAACUCAUCACCGACUUUCUCGCCGAAUUCAACGACAGAAGAUCCGGGACUAGGAAUUAGAACGGUAGCAUGGGCACCUAGAGGCAAGUGGAUAGCUCUUGGAGGAUGGGACGGGAAAGUCAGAAUUAUCGAGAGUGAAGGUUGGAGAUGUAUCGCUGUGAUGAACUGGGGUAAUAGGACAUCUGACAGAGAAGCGACUAUUUGGAGGGAACCAAAUGACUGGCUAGCUGAUACUAGAGGGAGAGGAAUAGUCCAAUUCGACCGUACGCUCAGCCCAGGACUCCUUCCAACGACUCGACCGGACUUAUCAAAAGCCAAUCCGCGAGCUGGUGUGUCGCAUAUGUCAUUUGAUAAGGACGGAGCUCUAAUUUUGGUCCGCCUCGAAUCAUCUCCAAAUGUGGUUCACAUCCAUACUUUCCUGGAAACGCCUACUUCGGAAACACCGAUUAUAACCCAUUUGACGAGUCUGGUGUUCACAAGUCCCGUACGCAGUACGAGAUGGUGUCCUGUUUCUGAAGGGAAGAGUAGGAGACUAGCAGUUACUACAAGAGUUGCAGCGAUCUAUUUGUGGGACGAGGAAGGGGGUUGGAUGGAAGAGAAUACGGACGGUGAAGCGGUGGACGAAAACAGAAGAGGAGGCACAAUAGAGGGAGUCGCUAUACCGUCUCGCUCAGACUUUUCGGCGCUAGACCUUCACUGGGCACAUGACGGUUCUUCAUUAGCGAUACAAGAUAAAUCGCAGUUCUGUUUACUAUACGACGGGGAUCAAGAGAAUGAAGAGAAAUCUUUAAGGAUGGACGGAACAGACGAGGGGCUGUCACAUGUAAUGGAAGAGGAUGAAGACGAAGAAGGGUGGAGCGGUUAUGGAUUGCAACUUCGAGAGGGUUUGAGAGGCGGCUAUGUUAACGCCAUUCGAGCGUAG